AUGACCGAGACCACAGCUGCAGACUGGAAAGCCAAAGGCAACGCCGCACUCAGUAGCGGCAACGCCCAAGAAGCUGUCGACUGCUACUCUCAAGCCAUUGCCCUCGACCCGAGCGACCACGUGUUUUACUCCAAUCGCUCAGCUGCCUAUUUGUCCCUAGACGACGCCGCGCACGCUCUGGAAGACGCAGAGUUGUGUAUCCACACCAAACCUGACUGGCCCAAGGCCUAUAGUCGCAAAGGCGCGGCGCUGCACGCGCUGAGGCGCUACGACGAGGCCAUUGCCGCGUACAAAGAAGGACUCAAACUUGACGAGCACAACGCUGCGUGUCUCAGCGGUCUGAACGAGGUCGAAAAGGCCCAAUGUCCUGCUGUGGGAGCCAAUGACCAGGCGUUUAACCCCCUGGCGAACGCGUUCGGACCUGAUAUGUUUGGCAAAAUUGCUACGAACCCGCGUCUGUCGCCCAUGCUGAGCGACCCGUCGUUUGUCCAGACGCUGCAGGAGAUCCAGCGAGAUCCGUCCAAGAUGAGUGCACACUUUAAAGACCCGCGGGUUUUGACCGUGCUGGGCGAGCUCAUGGGGCUCAAUGUGAACACGGGCAGCGGGGACGAGCCUAUGGACGAAGACAUGCCAGCAGCCGCUGCUGCUGCUGCGACGUCGUCGAUGCCAACAACUGAUGGAUCGGAACCGAGUCCUAUGGACGAAGACUUGACGGACGAAGAAAAGACGGAGCGAGCAAUGAAACGAGCUGCAGAAGAAGCCAAGCAGCGCGGCAAUGCGCUGUACAAGCAGAAACAGUUUUCGGAUGCCAUUGCGUGCUACGAGGAAGCGAUCGAGAAGGACGCGAACAACAUGUCGUAUUACAGCAACUUGGCUGCUGUGAAGCUAGAGAUGGGUCAGUAUGAUGCGUGCAUUGAGGACUGCAAGAAAGCAAUUGAAGUCGGGCGCGCGAACCGUGCCGACUACGCGCUGAUUGCCAAAGCAUAUGUGCGUGUUGGCAAUGCUCACCUGAAGAAGGGUGAGACAGAGGAAAACUUGACUGCGGCCAUCGGCUCGUACGAGAAUGCUCAGAUGGAGAACCGCUCCAAGGUCGUGGAGCGCACGAUUAAGGCGCUGCAGAUGAAGCUGCGCAAAGCCAGAGAGCUGGCUUACAUUGACCUCGACAAGGCGCUGGAGGCUAAGAAUGAGGGCAACGAAUUCUUUAAGAAUGGCGAUUUUCCUAAGGCCGUGGAGCGCUACACCGAGGCUAUCAAGCGGGACCCGUCGUGUGCUGUGUACUACGCUAACCGCGCGGCAGCAUAUACGAAACUAACGUCAUUUAACGAGGCAAAGAAGGAUUGUGAAAAAGCGAUCGAGCUUGAUCCCAAAUAUGUAAAGGCAUACUCUCGUAUGGGUGCGAUACAGUGUUUCAUGAAAGAAUUUCACAAGGCUCGUGAGAGUUACGAGAAAGGCUUGGCGCUUGACCCGAACCAUCAGGAGUGUAUUGACGGUUUGCGAAACGUCAUGUACAAGAUCCAGGCCGGCGAGACGGAUGAGGAGCGUGCGCGUCAUGGAAUGGCAGACCCGGAAAUUCAGGCAAUUUUGCGCGAUCCGGUGAUGCAGAACGUGCUGAAUGAUUUUCAAACGGAUCCUACGAGUGCUCAACGUCAUUUGCAGAACCCGGGCAUUAUGGCCAAGAUUGAGAAGUUGAUUGCCGCUGGUGUGCUACAGACCAAGUGA